CGUGGUUGUGUUUACAAGCGACUCGUUUACAUACCGCAUGCAGGUUCGUCUCGUAAACAAACAGUUACAUUAUUGUUAUAAACUCACAAUACGUGCAUAUUCUCAUUUACAGCCAGCAAUGCUCUUUGUUUCCUUCGUUAUAGCAGCCGCAGCUCUGUGUCACCAAUGUCGAGGAAUAAGUAAAAACGGCCCUAAGUGAAAACAAGUGACCAUGAAGCAGGGCAGUGAGGUUGUGAACGUCCCUGCGUGCUUCAUUUCCAACCAUGAAGGUUUUCUCGGAAGCAUCAAGAACUUUAUCGAAGACUUUGUGGUGACUGAGAUAGACAUUGACGGACAUUACGUUAGAACAGCAGCAGCCACGCAGAAACCAGGCUGCGCCUCCUCAGACAGAAACAGCAAAACCGGUGCAGACUGUAAGGAGAACAGUCAUCCCUCAGUCUCGCAGGACGCUGAUGUUUCGUUGGAGUGGGGGGUCGACGUCCCCCUGCCCAGUCUUGGGAGUUUUGAUUUAGGUGUGAUCUUGGGUCCGUCAGUCAGCGAAGAGCUCGAGCACUUUGUGUUGACUCUCAGAGACAAAAAGCCCACUGAGCUGGAGCUUUCUCUGGGGUCCUUUGCCGACAAACACCAGAGAGCCAACGUCCACCGGGCCGUCAGACACCGAUUCCCCUUCCUCAUGACCGUCACCAUCCAGCCUGAGAUCAGGGUGAGGGAGGACCCGGACUACAGGGAGCUCACCCAGCUGGUGAAAGAGGACGAAGCGGAGGACUUCUUCAGGUUCAUAGAUGCUAAAGUGCGAGGCUCGUCCUAUACGUUUGGACCUGAUGACAAUAAGGAGCACAGGACGGCGGUACACCAUUUCCUGAACAGGAGGUUUGGGAAACUGGUGGAGACAAAAAGCUUCAACGAUCAGGGGAGGACAUCGAUCUCUGUCAGGCUGAGAGAGCGAGGGAGGCCAAAGAAGAGAAGCUCAGAGGAACGUAAGGAGGAAGAAGUUUAUACUGCGUUCACUCUGCGUAAAGAGAACCUGGAGACUCUGGAGGCCAUCAGCUACAUGGCAGCAGCUCUCGGGAUCCUGCCGUCAGAUUUUACCUAUGCUGGGAUCAAGGAUAAGAGAGCCAUCACCUACCAGUCCAUGGUGGUCAAGAAGGUCGCACCUCAACGGUUGCAAGAAAAGGCAGCAGAGUUCGAGAGGAGAGGGAUGCGCGUGUCUCAGGUCCGUUCUGUCGGCGAGCCUCUGAGGCUCGGUCGGCUGCAGGGGAACCACUUUGACCUGGUGGUCCGUGACCUGAGGGCACAUGGAGCCGGUGACGCGCUCUCCUCUGGCGCCGACGCACGCACUCGCCUGGCAGCGCUGGUGAAGGAAGCAGUGGAGAAUGUCAAGACCAGAGGUUUUGUCAACUACUACGGACCACAGAGGUUUGGGAGUGGACAGAGCGCUCAGUCUGAUCGAGUAGGAUUGGCUCUACUGAAAGAGGACAUGGUGAGCGCUGUGCGUCUCUUCUUCACUCCAGAGGAAGGCGAUGAUCCUCAGAGCCACGCUAAGAGACACUUCCUCCAAACAGAUAACGCCAAGGAGUCUUUGGCCUUGAUGCCGUUGUCCAAGGCCAGGGAGCGGCUGAUGCUUCGGGCCCUAAACCGCUAUGGUACCGGUUCGGACGGUUGCGCCCAGGCCUGGCUCAGCCUGCCGCACAGCAUGAGAGUCUUCUACCCUCACGCCUACUGUAGCAGAGUGUGGAACGAGGCAGUGGCACACAGGCUUGCUACUCUGGGUCACAGCGUCAGACAAGGAGACCUGGUGUGGAUGCGGGAAGAACAAAACAAAGUGGAGGACUCUGGAGAAACUAGUGCUGCUCAGAUCCAUGUGGUGACAGAUGAAGAGGAAAAAGGGGAAGUGUACACACUAGAACAAGUGUUGUUACCGAUGCCAGGAAACACCGUCAAGUAUCCAGAAAACACCAUGGGGAAUUGGUACCAGGAAAGACUGGCCAGAGACGGACUGAAUGACUGUCGCUUCAGAGUGAGCACCCUCAAACUGAACCUGCCUGGCUGUUAUCGCCCCCUGCUGGCGAUUCCACACAACCUCAGCUACCAGCUGCAGAAAGCAGCCAGCAGGGAGGGCGGACAAGCAGGCGAAAGAAAACAGGACUCAGAUUGUGACAUUCUCACCUUAAACUUUGACCUGAACUCGUCCUGCUAUGCUACCAUCUGCCUCAGAGAGAUCAUGAAGUGUGACCCCUAAAGCUCAAGUUGUUGUUUUUUGUGUACACAUUCAAGGAGAAAGUCUUUUUUUGUUUGUUUUUUUUGUUUAGAGGAAAACAUGCAUCUUUUUGUUACAAACACUGUUUUGUACUUUCAUUGACCGUGAUUAUGAUAUGUUAUCAGUAGCCUUUUGAUUUCUUGAAGUGCUGAGCAGAAGCGUGCAGUUACACAUAAAGAAAAACCUUAUAAAAACUUUUAAUGAAAAUGGACCUCUGCCAAAUGUAAAUAAAUUUAGGUGUAAAAGCAUGUAAACAGUGUUUUGUGCCAUGAAUAAAACCUUUAGAAUAAGAGAAAUCAAUGUACUUUUUAUAUUCUCCUCAUUUAUUCAGAAAUGUUCGUUUUGUUUUCAAUUUCAUAGAUUCUGUUCAGUUAUGUUCAGAUUUUCAGUAAAUGUGCAGUCUUAACCAUUU